CCAAGGGACCAUCAUCAUGAUGAACAAUUACAGCAACAUGAUGAUGGGCGAACAGUUUCGCAAAAUGGACUCAAACUAUUCGCCCAAAUCAUCACCACAUGGUGGCCGAUCACCGGUUGUCUCACGCCAGGAUUCAUCGGGCACCCUCAAGGCCACAAUAUCGCUGGGCAAGACACCAACGAUAAUCCAAACGGGACCAUUCUAUUCGAUGAAGGAGCCACCGGGGAAGGGUGAACUGACGGGCGAUAAAGAUCUCAUGACUGAAUAUGGUUUACAUCAUACACUAACAAAAUUUAAGGAUAAAAAAGUCAAAGAGUCCCUGUCGUCGUUUUUGCCGAAUCUGCCCGGAAUCUAUGAUGGCAUGAAUAAUUUGGAAAACAGUACAUUACGCAGUGUCAUUGAUAAACCCCCCAUAGGAGGUAAAGAGCUAUUGCCUUUAACCUCAGUACAAUUAGCUGGUUUCAGAUUACAUCCCGGACCGUUACCGGAACAGUAUAGAGCCUUCAAUACAAUACCCGCACGCAAACAUAAAAACAAACAUAAAAAACACAAACACAAAGAUGGUCAACAGCCGCCCGAAACAAAUCUAAUGGAUUCUUCCGGUUUAGAGACUUAUGAGAAAAAACACAAAAAACAAAAACGUCACGAAGACGAGAAAGAGCGAAAAAAGCGCAAAAAGGAAAAGAAACGCAAAAAGAAAUCUCACAGUCCGGAGCCACCAUCAUCGGGCGGUGUAUCGCCCAUGCUGAUUGGCGGUGGUGGUCAGUCCUCACAGUCGGGUAUGGGCGGCGGUGGUGGCGGCAUGAUGAUGGGCGGGCCCUCCUCAUUGGCACAAAUGCAGGGUGGUGCCGUCGGCAUGGGUGGUGGUAGCCUUCAGGGCCUGGCGACGGGUCCAAAUAAUACACUGGGGCCUGGUUCAGGUGUCACAAAUAUGUCAGGCCCUGGUGGUAUGAUGAUGCCUCAACAUGCUUCAUUAUUUUAG